CUUCGGAGGUCGGAGCUGCAACAUGUGAUACGGCCAACGCCGACCACGGUCGCUGCGUCCCCCUGGUCAGCCGAAGACUGGCCGACGCAGCGCCAUGUUGAGCCCCAAGAUGCAGCGGACGGUCCGCGUCAACGACAUACAGCUGAUCAUGUUGUCGGAGCGCGCCAGCUACGACCAUUCUGUCAAGGGUUAUCUACACAAGAAGACAGCUGACAGCACCAAGUGGCAACUCCGCUACUUCGUCCUCUAUCAGAACAUUCUUUUCUACUACGAUACAGAGUCCUGCAGUCGUCCUUCCGGAGUUAUCCUUCUAGAAGGAUGCUACUGCGAAAGACUGAUCGCUUCAGGAACUGGCAGUAAGAAUAAGGACCUAUCUGAGAAUAAGUACUGCUUUGCCAUCUCGUAUCGUAGAGAAAACCAGCGACAGUAUGAGCUGCGGGCGGCUACAGAGAGCGACUGUAAGAUGUGGAUAGAGGCUAUACGAGAGGCUAGCUUCAACAAACUGUUGCUCCAAAAAGAAGAACUGGAGCAAAAACAUCUUCACUUGCUGCAGAUUGUGGAAAGCGAAAAGACAGCAAAGUGGCAGUACACUCAGCAGUGCGAAGAGCUGGCCUCUGAGAUUAAGAAACUUAGAGCUGAGUUGUGCGCCCUCAAGAAGGAGUGGAGGCCGGUACCGUCGUCCUACAGCAGUAGCAGCAAUGUGGCUGCGGCGACUGCUAGUGGCGCCAGCGGGGCGGCACCCAUCUCUGCGGCUACGGCACAAGAGACACUGGAGCUACGCAAGAUCAAGAAGGUCCAGAGCUUCUUUCGAGGCUGGCUGUGCCGACGUCGGUGGAAGCAGAUCGUAGAGCAGUACAUCAAGAGUCCCCACGCGGAGAGUAUGCGCAAACGAAACAGCUUGGUGUUCCGCAUGGUGGAAGCAGAAGAAGAGUAUAUGGAGCAGAUGGAGGUGUUAGUCUCGUGUUUCCUGCGUCCAUUCAAGAUGGCCGCCUCCAGUAAAAAGCCUCCGUGUUCUCAUGAGGACGUGAACUCCAUCUUCCUCAACAGCGAGACUGUUUUGUUCCUACACCAGAUAUUCCUCAAGGGUCUCACGUCGAGAAUGGAGAGCUGGCCUACUCUUGUACUCGGUGACCUGUUUGACAUGCUGCUGCCAAUGCUGAGCAUCUACCAGGAGUAUGUACGCAAUCACCACUAUAGUCUGCAGGUGCUUACGGAAUGUAAACAGUCGCCACAGUUUGCAGCAUUGCUGGCCAGACUGGAGAAUAAACCUGCCUGUCAGGGAAGAUCUCUGGAGACCUUCCUCACCUACCCGAUGCAUCAGGUGCCCAGAUACAUAAUCACGUUGCACGAACUGCUCGCUCACACUCCUCACGAUCAUGUUGAACGGAAGAGUUUGCAAAACGCUCGUCAGCAACUUGAGGACCUUUCUCGUCAAAUGCAUGACGAGGUUAGUGAAACGGAAAACUUGAGAAAAAACUUGGCUGUAGAAAGAAUGAUCGUAGAAGGCUGUGACAUCCUGCUAGAUGUCAACCAAGUUUUUGUCCGCCAAGGAAGCCUGAUACAGAUCCCCACCGACAAAUGUAAAUCCCAGCGAAGCCGCUUCGGAAUUAAGUCUGAGAAAGAAGCUCUUCGCCAAUGUUUUUUGUUCUCCAAUCACCUUAUUAUUGCUACAAGGACCUCCGGGGGCAGGCUGCACCUGGUCACAGACGUAGGCAAGAUCCCGCUCGCAGACGCCAUCCUCAUCGAAGAUCCUAACGAUCAUGGUGUGAACGAUGAUGAUGACUGCUCAAUGUCCAGCCAUUCCAGUAGCCAUAGUGAAACCUCCAGCACAGGAUGCAAUUUUCAAAAUAGAGACUUCAAAAUUAUUUUAGACAUAAAAAGUGGUAACCAGUCGCAAGUGUCUGUUCAUUUGGUGGCGCAUACCCUGCAGGAGAAGGCUGCAUGGGUCAGUGACAUUAGCCAGUGCAUGGACAAUGUACACUUCAACGACCUUCUCCACAGUAGUAUGUCCGAUACCUCCUCCGUAACAAUGCCUCAAUCGAUCAAGAAUGACCCGAAACUAUUCAAAGACGAUGUCGACAUUCGAUUCAGCAGAACUCUAAACUCCUGUAAAGUUCCACAGAUAAGAUACGCCACCCCAGAUAGACUUCUCGAGCGCUUGACAGACUUGCGUUUUUUAUCCAUCGAUUUCCUAAACACGUUCCUGCUCACUUACCGAGUGUUCACGGACAGUGUGAAGGUCCUGGAGGCUCUCAAGAAGGUGUUUUACAACUCAGACCCUCCUGAAGCUCAGACAUAUCCUCCAGGAUCAUUCAUGGAUGAGCUGACAUCAUCGCUACAGCUUUACGACCCAGAGCGGCGUCGGAGCAGCUUCUCCCCUCGUCGCUUUAGCGGAGCAAGCUCUGUCUCCGGUUACGGAUCCGAGAUGUCCGACAGUCGAGAUCGAAGUCACAGCUACGACUCCCAGGCUAUGUUCCCACCCAAGUCACAACGACGAUGCAGCUUUAGAAACAUUGAGGAGGAGCAGCUCACAAUGCCGAAGAUUGUGAAAGACCCGGCAGCCUCGCUUAGUCCUCGACGCAAAGUCAGCAUCCGAGUAGAGGAAGUUGACACCAACACUAAUACUUCUCUGCUCACCAUCCCUUCUACCAUUGCUGGCAGCUCCAGCUCCGAGACACUCACUGACCAGACGGUGAUUAGUGCUCCAUCAUCUCCCAGCAACCAAUCGACAGCCACUCUCGUACCUUCCUCAGGCUCUGACUCCAGCCAGGACCACGCCAAGGACCAGCAGCUCCCUUCGUCACCUCCCACCACCGACCCCUCGGACCUGCCCUCUAGUCCCAGGGUGACUUCCCCUAAGUCUACGUCACCAUCAAGGACAUCACCCUCCAGAGUCACUUCCCCGUCCAAGACACCUCCGGGGCCUGACGGAGUACCCAAGGAAGCAGAAAGCCGACAUGGCCGUAAGAGGUCCAGUUUUGAGAGCAGCCAUCGCAAAAGCAGCACUGUAGGGUUGUCUGAGGACCGAGCUGAUUGGCCAGAUGACGGAGAGAUUCACGGACCUCUACCGUACAGUACAACCUCAUCUCGCUCAGCGUCCAUCGUGAUGCAGAACUACUACAGCGCCCGGCGAUCUCUCGUGUCAAACGCAGACGGAGAAGGCAUCGGAAGUGUUUCACAACGAACGAGUUUUCAGCACGACUCUCCACAACAUUCCAGCAAAGCAGGGGUCGUCAUCACGUCUUUCCGUCAAUCCCAGCGCAGCUUCAGACAUGAGCCGUUGUGGAGCAGCACGUCAACAGCGGCUACAGCGUUUGCGAUUGCGACCUGCGGCAGCAGCAACCCUCGCGACCUAUCACCUGUGACCAAGGCCCGAGACACGGGACAACGAGGCGGCAGUUGUCGCGACCGUGAACGCAACCGCCGCAAGGAGAGUGUAAUGAGCACCGCUGCGACCAUGCGAGUCCUCAACGUAUUGAGACAUUGGGUUUCCAAACACUCCCAGGACUUUGAGCAAGACAGCCGAUUGAAGAACCUGACGAUCGAGUUUCUAGACGACAUCAUGUACAGUCCCAACCUGUUGCCAGCGGAACACAAGGCAGCAUCUCAGCUGUUACGACUCAUUACCAAGGACGAUCCCGAGAGCUCCAAGGUCGACCUGGACUUGCUGCUGGCUCCUCCGGUGACACCAAGUAAGGAAAGCAUUGAAACUCUCUCUGCGUUGGAAAUAGCUGAACAAAUGACGUAUUUGGAUCAUCAGAUAUUUGUGGCUAUUAGAAGCGAAGAGUUCCUCGGCCAAGCUUGGAUGAAGACUGACAAAGCCACCAAAGCUCCACAUAUCAUUCUGAUGACCAGACGCUUCAAUGAGGUAUCCCAGCUGGUGGUGUCUGAGAUUGUCCGAAGAUCCAACAUCAACGCUCGUAUCAACGCUAUUGAGAAGUGGGCCGCAGUCGCGGAUAUAUCACGGUGCCUCCACAACUUUAACGGAGUGUUGCAGAUCUGCGCAGCCUUCACCAACAGUUCUGUGUUCCGGCUGAAGAAGACUUGGGAGAAAGUCUCUAAAACUACCAAACAGACGAUUGAGAAGUUGCAGAACAUAGUUUCCUCCGACGGGCGUUUCCGCAACCUUCGCGAUGCUCUUCAUCGUUGCGAUCCUCCCUCCAUACCCUACCUGGGCAUGUACCUCACUGACCUCUCCUUCAUUGAGGAGGGAACCCCCAACUUCACUGAAGAUGGUCUACUCAACUUCUCUAAGAUGAGAAUGAUCGCACACGUUAUCAGAGAGAUAAAACACUACCAACAGACUCCGUACAAGAUAGAGCUGAUCACCAAAGUCACAAACUACCUGCUCGACCCUUCGCUACUGCUGGACGAUGACGAGCUGUACAGAAUGUCGCUGGAGAUCGAACCACGAACGUCACGACUCAGCGUAGCCAACAUCGCUACUACGAUGCCUACACCGCCCCCCAGGCCUUGAGACAACGCCUCCUUUAAAAGGUUCAAGUUCAAAGUGUAAAGCUAAGCUUCAGGAAGAGAUGUUGUUGUUGGAGUUGUCAAAUGUUUAUUUGUUUAGAACGGUUUAGUAUAUUUUUAUAGCGUAGAAAAAGAGCUGUUGUAUAAUCUCUUCUGAAGCGGCAAAUUUAGUCUAUUCAACAUAGUAAGCUAGUUUCACAGGUUAUUGCAAAUUGUAAAUUGGAGCACAAUCAAUUGUUAGAUCUCCUAGGAGCAGUAGAGUAGCUGUAUUAUACGGUAGCUGUUAAACAAUCAUUGAAAUUGUUCAAGUUUUUGCGAGUAAAGUUCACACACAGAUAUUGUUAGUGUUGAGAAAAUCAAUUGCGCAAAGACGUAGUUUAUAUUGUUAGCAAAUUUGUUCGUACACAAAACAAU